AUGGUCUUUUGGGAAACUGUGUUGAUUGGAAACUAUAUUCUGGCACUAAUUGGGUUUAUUGCCAACAUAUUUUAUUUUAAAUUGGUAGUUUUUAACAAGUCAUUCGAUGUUUAUUGCCGAAUCGCAUCACUCAUAAUAGGUUCUGCUACAACUAUUCUAAUAGUUUCGAAUGUUGUCAGCACCUCAAUAUGCUUGUCAUAUGGAUCUUAUUUGAAUACAGGCGUAUGUUUGGAAAAUGUAUACCACAUCUCAAUGAUAGUUCUUCAUUCAUACGGAGAAUUUUCUAUAGCUUCUGGAAUUUUUAUUUUGAUUUUUGAACGAUACGCUUCCGUGUUUUUUCCAUCAUUUCGACUAUCUAACUCAUACAAAUAUUGGUUUUCUUGUUUGAUGAUUCUUUUUGUUGCCGGUCUUGGUCUGUAUCUGUACAUGAUGAACGUUGUUAAAUCCAUGUUCUCCGUAAUAUUCUCCACAAUAUUUGUAUCUAUUCUCUACUUGAUUUCUUUUAUCCUUGUCAUGUAUCUGUUCUGUGCUGCAAAAAGACGAUAUUACGAAACCCUUGGAAUUGUGUCAUUGACUAGAAGAUACUUGUUAUCAGAAAGUUUUGAACUCUGUCGAAGCUCAUUGCCAGCCACAAUUUGUUGCCUUGCUAUCAAUAUUUCAUUAUUCCUUUCUUUUUGGUGUUUAAUAUUCGGAAUCAUACCUUUCAUUUAUUUGAGCGAAUAUUUUGUACUUGCAAAUACAACACUUAACUUAACCGCAACUGUUUUCCCCAUUCUUUUCCUGGCUGGCUCAACAAAAAUUCGUAAGAAGAUUGCGAAAAUAAAUCCAUUUCAACAAUUCGAAGAGAAAGUGGAGCUUCAUUUUGAAUUUCGUCAAUUAAACGGAAAUCGGAUAAAUAUUUCACAAUCUCAAAAUGAAUAUUUUGAGCAACUUCAGAUAUCAUGGUCGUGA